GGCAAAUGUAUAAAAAGCCUUAAAAUAAAGCACAAGGAUUAGUCUUCAGUGAAAGAGGAAGGCUCUUUUUUUUUUUUUUUUACCAAGGCUUCCAGGUGCUGAGUCCAACAUGGGAUGGACCCGGAUUUGCCUUUUGUUGCUUCUGGGCACAUAUACCCUUGCCCAACAAGAUGUAGGACGUGCGGACGAACAAUCUCCAACAUGCUUCUUGGCGAAAAGGUUGAGGCACUUCAGGCGCUUUGUGUACGACUACGAGGCUGAGACCUUCAACGGCGUUCCCGGAGCCACCGACAACAAGAGCGGUCCCAAAAUCUCCUGUCAAGUUGAGCUUGACGUGCCUCAGACCUGCAGCUUCAUCCUACGCACCCCAAAAUGCUCUCUGAGUGAGAUUUUUGCUGUGGAUGACGAUGGGAACGCACUGUACCGCCCCGCUGCUGGAAAUCAGGCCUUCAAAGCCGCCAUGGCCAAGAACCCACUGAAGAUCACAGUUGAGGGACAUACUGAUGUGAAACUCUUCCCCGAGGAAGAUGAGGCGCUCAACAUCUUGAACAUCAAGAGAGGAAUUAUGUCUUCUCUUCUUGUUCCCGUCGUGGAAGAAGAGAGGAAUAAGAAAAUGCCCACCAUGUACGGCAUCUGCACCACCGACUUCACAGUCAACGCCAGAGGAGACAUCGCCACCGACGUAACUAUCAGCAGGGAUCUUUCCAGCUGUGAUGGCUUCAGCGCUCACAAACAGGCCAGCAGUCCCCUGGCUCUCCUUUCAGGAAUGCAAUAUCCUUUGUCCAAGAUGAUCAGUAGCCACCAGACUUGCAACUACAAGUUCGACAACCAGAAGAAGCACAUGACCAGUGGAACCUGUACAGAGAAGCAUAUUUUCCUGCCCCUCUCCCACAAGAACGAAUAUGGAAUUUCCACUCUGGUGAAGCAGACUGUGACUCUCAGAGAGACGACCAAGAUUAAUGACAGAAUCUUUGAUCAUAAUGAGGCUCUCCUGCGUUUCUUGCCAAUGGACCAUGUUGAUGACAAGUCUCCUAAGCAGUCUAAAGAUGCUGCCAUGACUGCAAUGCAGCAGCUGAAGACCUUAUCCCAGACCAGUAACGGAGAGCAGCGUGCAUCCCUCUUCCACAAACUGGUUUCUGAACUGCGUGGCCUGAAGGCUGAUAUCCUGGGUUCCGCUGCACUUGAGAUGAUGGAUAUAUCCGGCUCGUUGACCAUGCAAGCUCUUGUCCAGUGCGGUACUCCAGAGUGCACCAGCGCCAUGCUGAGGGUCCUCGGGACCUUUGAUAAAUCUGCUCUUGAAGUCGACAUGGCAGUUCAUGCCCUUGCACUGAUGCCUAACCCCUCACGCCUCAUGGUCAAGGAUAUUUUGGCCAUGGCUCAGAACAGGAAGAGCAAGCCCAUCAUGUAUGCUUUGAGUCAUGUAGUCAGGAGGCUAUACCAGGCUGAGGGAAAAGUCACUCCGGAGAUUACUGCUGUUUCUGACUUCACGGCUUCCCUCCUGGGCCCAGACUGCUCUGGCGAGAAAGACCUGACCUUCCUGACUUUGAGGGUUGUCGGUAACAUCGGAGAUGUGAUCGAAGUGGCCGACCCCGGCAUUAAGAACACCUUGCUGAAAUGCAUGAGACAACCUGCAACCACACUCGCUGUUCAGCUUGCUGCCAUCCAGGCUUUCAGACGUAUGUCUAUGACAGAUGAGGUUCGCUCUAACCUCCAGCGGGUAAGCCAGUACCCAAGGGGUGCUGUGCAGAAACGUCUUGCAGCCUACCUGAUUCUCAUGAGAAAUCCCCUCAAUAGUGACAUCGAGAUGGUGAAGAAGAUCCUGAAACAGGAGCAGAACGAGCAGGUCAAAUCUUUCGUGACCUCCCACGUCUACAACAUUAUCUCCUCCGCUGAUCCUGAGACCCGGAAGCUUGGCAAGAAGAUAACGGACGCUCUGCAGGACUAUGAUGUGGAGACACACCAUGACUACACGACAAAGUCCCGCAACUACAAGCUGGGUUUGGCAAACGACAACAUGCAGGCCAAUUUCCAGGGCAAUGUUAUCUUUGACCCCAGCAACCAGCUGCCAAGAGAAGUCAUGAUGGAAUCCACCCUGAAAGUAUUUGGCUACAACGUGGACAUGUGGGAGCUCGGAAUCGAAGGAAAAGGCUCAGAGCCCUCGAUUGAGGCGUUGUUUGGAAAGAACGGCUUCUUCCCAGACACAUUGUCCAAGGCUCUUUGCUGGGCCGAGAAGAAGGUGCCAAUCAAGAUGAUGGAAGUUCUGGAAAAGUGGGUUGCUCCCUUGAAAGCAGAAGGACAGAAGGUUCCCGAAGAUCUUAUGAAAGAAAUUGUUCGCAAUUUCAACAAGCUGGUAAAAGAUUUGCAGAAUCAAGAAUCUCCAGAGGCCAUGGCCUACCUGAAGAUCAUGGGAACCGAGUUUGGCCACAUCAAGGCCAGCGAUCUGAAGUUUCUCGCUGAAAAUGCUAAAAUGUACGCCGAGAUUUUCCUGAAGCUUCUCCCGAAACAGGUUGUGUCCAACCUCAUGUCAGGCACCGACAAUGAGAUCUUUGUCCAUUACAUGUUCAUGGAUAACAAAUUUGUCCUUCCAACCUCCACUGGCUUGCCUCUGACCUUUUCUCUGUCUGGCACGUUUACUCCCGGAGCUAAGGGAGGACUUCGCAUUUCCCCGGCCGCGAAUGAACUGUUGUUCAAGCCAUCUGUCGGCCUUGAGUUUGUGACCCAGAUGGGCGUCCACGCCCCCGAAUUUGUUGCCUCCGCUGUCGAGAUGCACACCGGCUUGUAUCACGAGAGCGAAUUCAAUGCUAAGCUAGUCGUGGAGGUAAACCAAGUCGAGCUCACUAUCCCGGCUGCGCGGGGCCCUGCAAAACUUUUGAGCAUCAGUAAUACAGUGAUGAUUGUGGGCGAUGGCAACGCUGCCGUAAUCCCGCACAGCACGAGUGAAAUAAACUGUGACUCCCUCUUCGGAUUCAAGUAUUGCACGAAAAAACUUCAAGCUGAUGUACAGGGUAAAAGCGAUGUGCCUUACUUCCCCCUGGGUGGAGAGACGAGGUUUGGAAUUGAAAUUGAGCCUCAGGUCUCCUACACAGCCACCAUUGCGUACAUGCUCCUCAAUGAAGGAAAAGAUGGCCGCCAGAAGGUCGACUCCCUGAAGAUGACUCUGAAAGCUGAAGGGAAUCAGGAUGCCGAAGCUUCCGCAAUCAUGAAAUACAACAGGAACAGGAACGUCUUCACCAGCCAAAUCCAGAUACCCGUCUUGGAUGUCGAAGCCGGGGUCAAGAUUGGCCUGACUGACAGCAGCAACAAAGGCAAAGCCCUCAGCCUUGAGAUCUCCAACAAGAACGUGCCGCAACUCACUCUAACUGGUCACGCCCAACUGCGUUCCAUAACUGGAGGCAUGCUCCAGGUUCAGUUGGCUGUGCCCGCUCUGAAGACAGACGCUAGCAUCUCUGCUACCGUGGCUGAAAGUGGCCCCAAAGGCCAAGAAAUCAUUUUGGAGAUCAAAAGUGAUAUGAAUCUCCCCGAGACCUCAUCGAUUCAGUCAAUCACAUUCAAAUACGGCAAUGAUGAGGUUGAGGUUCAACUGCUGUCAAACAUGAAUGCUGAGACCAAAGUGCUGGUACCUUCUACCGAAGCGCUAGGGGCCUGGCUCAGUAAAUUUGCCGAGGAUGCUUUGGAUCAUCAGCUUGCCAGCACUGACAUGAAACUGCGUCACGUUGUCAAAAAGGCGCUUGAGGCCAGUAACAUCUGGAUGAACAAAAUUGCAGUUGAUGUCCCCUACGUGGAGACUCUGAAGAACAACAUUGCAAAGGUGGAAAUGCCUUCCGUGCCCGAGAACCUAUUCAUGAAUAUGGAAAGCAAAUUCCGCUACCAGUUCAACAAGAACUUUGCGACCAUCCGAAUCCCGCUGCCACUUGGAGGCAAAUCCUCGGAGGAACUGUUCAUCGCAACGAACGCAAUCAUCACGCCCCUGCUCGCGCCGCACCAGAUCGGAAUCCCCAAAUUUACCAUCCCCUCUGAGCAAGAGCUCACCCUGCCGCUGAUCGGAAUGAUGCAUGCGUCCGCUAAGGUGAACAGCAACUAUUACGAUUGGGAGGCAACCGUGUCAGCGGGUAACAAUACUGUGGACUCUCCAAACUAUUUGGCCAAGUUCACGCUUCAGGCUACCAGUCCGAUCAAACUGCUGGCUUUCACAUCUGAGGGAGCUGCAGAAAUUACCGAUACAGAUGAGAAAACGCUCAAAUUCACCCUGAACGGCUCCCUGGAGCACACGUUUGUGAGUAUGAGGGUUAAUGUGGAGGAGACUAUUGCCAUCGUCUCAGACGAUGUAACGUCAUCGGGAAAAUACAACAUCCAUGCUGCUGCCCCGCUCGGCUUGCGGACGUCUCUGGACAUGACCAAGCACCUCACGCUUGAUUCCGCCAAGCUGUUGGGGGAUAUCAAUGCGAAUGGAAGUCUCACCAUGGGAUCUUUGACCGCUAGCAUCACUUAUCUCAACACCUUCUCAUCUGACCGUGCAAAGAAGGAACUCAGAUUGGAGAGCACGCUGAGAGCGAACUCCGAAAUCCUGAAAGUUACAAAUAACAUCAAGGCUGUAUAUGCAAAUGAGAAUCUGAACAUCGAGUCAAACACGGACAUUAACAGUCACCCCGUUCAGCACUCGACGAACGUCAACCUGAACUACAAGGAUGCCAAGCUGAGCUUUCUCUCCAAAUCGGUGAGCAAGGCCGGUCGGAGAACGCUUCAAAGCCAAGUUGAGUUCUCCGCCUCGGAAGCUCAAGCCAGCCUCCGUCUAGGAAAUACAGCGGACGAUACGGUAAACCGCGCCUAUUCAUUGCUCACCGGUUCAAUGAAUCCCUCUGGCUUGGAGCUCAACGCCGAUGCCUCCCUCAACAUCUUUUCAAGCCUCGCCUCUCACAAGGCAACUUUGACUCUGAAUGCUAACGGUGUGACCACCAGCUGUACCACGACUGCUCAGCGCAACCGACUGAUCUUUGAGAAUAUUUUCCACAGCGGAUUUGCCGCCGACGGCGCCACCUUGUCUCUCACCACCAAGGGAGGCAUUCGAGGGAAUAACGUGGACUUGAAUAUCGAAGGGAAAAUGGCACGCUCCGAAGUCUACCUCAAUGGCGUCUUUAACGGCGACGUCUCGCCAUUCAACACGAGGAACAGAAUGAAUUUCCGAGUCAGCGAAGAUGGCCUCAUCGUCUCCAGCAGCAUAGUUGGAUCGCUGAACGAAAUGAGGACCGAAAAUUCCAAUUCCCUUUCUCUCACGUCGAGAUCUUUAACCCUCCACACCAAGACGGAUAAUUUCCUUAACACCAGAAACUCCUACACGCACGACAUCACAGUUACCAUGGAGCCGUUUACAGCCUCCGCUAUGAUCAAGAAUAACCUCAAGAUCAUGGAGAUCAACUUUAACAACGACGCCCAGUUCAAGGCGCAGCCCUACAACGUGGAGCUGACGGGAACGCUGAAGGGAGGCUCGUCGGAGGACGAACUCAAGCACACUUACGAAGUCAAGUUCGUGGACAUGAUCCUGUCCACAAAGUGCAACACCAACGGUCAACUACUGGGAUCUCAGAUAGCGCAUGCCACAGUUUUGGAGGUUGCAGGCCUGACUGUGAAAUUCAGCAAUGUCGCCGAUUACAAAUCUCGGUCUCUUCGUUUGGACAGCAAGGUCAAUGCCGCCGCCGAGCCCUUCUCCCUUACCGUCGAUGCCUUGCUCAACUCCAACGGCGGCGUGUCUUUUUACGGACAGCAGAGUGGCGAUCUGUAUAGUAAAUUCCUCCUGAAAGCCGAACCCUUGCUUUUCACGCAGUCGUUUGAGUACAGAGGCUCGACCGCCCACGAGAUCCGAGGCCUACCCGCCAUCAAGACCACCGCGGACAGCAAGCUCAGCGGCACCAUGAGCCUUCAAGAACAAAGCCUUCACCUGAAGGUUAAAUCGAAGCUAAACGACCACACUUUUGAUCAGGAAUUCGAGGCCUACAACAAAGCCGAGAGAUUGGCGAUUGACAUGCGAGGAGCGGUCACCACAAACCUCUUUAGCGAAGCCAGUCAAGACUACAGCGUGUCUGGAUUCGUCAAGUAUGACAAGAACACCGACAGCCAUCUCGUCCACAUCCCUUUCACCGAGCACAUCCCCGCCGUGAUCGAACACGUAAAAAAUACAGCGAUGAGUCUGACCGACAACGGCGUGGACUUGCUGAAAGACGUCAACACCAAGUAUGAGAUCGGUAUGACGAUGAAGAACAAAGUAUCUGAAAUGAAGGAGUUCGUGGACAACUUUGACUUCAGCGUCUUCGUCCAAGAUGUGAGAAAACGCUUCCACGCCGUUGAAAACGCCCUGACGAACUUGACAACCAAGUUGCCGACGGAAAAAAUCAUCCAUGUGCUGAAAUCCGUCAAGGAUGCUAUCGCGGCUUGGAUCAAGAAACAUAACAUCGCUAAUAGGUUCGCGGUCAUUUAUCAAAAAAUCGAGGAAAUUCUGUCCAAAUAUGAAAUUGAGAAGCUGAUCGGAACAGUGAUGGAUGAAGUUGUCGAAAUGAUGAAGACGUAUCAAGUGAGGGAAAAGAUUAAGUCUGGAUUUGCCCUUCUUCGGUCAUUUGACCUGCAGCCUUUGUUUCAAAAGUUUACGGUCCCUAUUCGGGAGUUUAUGACUCAUCUAUACUCCUUUGACUUCAAACAGAUGAUUGAUGACAUGAGGGAUUACGUCUUGAGGAUGGUGCAGAAAAUUCAGUCUUUCGACUAUGACACAUUAACGCUGCAUCUCAAAGAAAAAGUGACGGAUAUGAGCAAGGUUCCCUGUUUCGGAAAACUAUACGGAGAGUUCCAAAUCGACACGCCGCAUUACAAACUCAGGACGAGCGCAGAUCUGGCGAACACCUCGGCGACAUCGCUCACACCGGAGUUCAAAGUGAAUCUUAAUUCUCGGGCCACAUCGACUUUGAGGGCCCUCCAGUUCACCGUAGAUGCCGGCGCACAUUUGGCUCUACCCAAAAUGAGCCGUCUGGCGAUUUCAGAGUCGAUUAAAAUGGAUCAGUCGUUCUUUAAAGUCGACCACAAGGGAACGAUGAACGUCUACGGCCUGUCGGGUCAAGGCUCCGCUGACACGACUGCAAAGAUCGCCCUCGAGUGGUAUUCCGCCGAACUCGUCAACAACGUGUUCUUGGCCAUGGAAGAUGGACUCUCCGCAAGUGUCAACACAAACUUCAAUCAAGACCUCAACAUGCCAUCGCUCGACAUUUUCACUCACGUGUCAUCAACCCAAAAAACGAAUCUCGCACUGGAAGCCGGCUCGGCAAAACUCACCGUGAACACUCUGGCCAAUGCCAAAUACGCAGUUCGGGAUUUCUCCGAUGAGGCGACUCACAACAGCGACGUCGACUUGGUCCUGGAUCCGCACACGGCCAAAGUGACUUUCACUGGCGCUACAAACUGCAAAGGUUUCAAAAGCAAUCAGAAUGCCGUCGCGGAGAUCUGCGUUUUCGACCGCGCGUUAAUCGACGCCAAAAUCGAAACGGAAACACCCGUGAUGAAGGCCAGCGUGUUUGACAUGAAGUUCCAGGCUCGCCUUGAAGACCUGCAAAUCGAUUUCACCGCCUCCCAUAACGCAGAACUGAUCGAGGGAAUUCUUUCAAAUUCCGCCCUGGCCUUGAUAACGCCUACCGAGCUCACGCUCGACACCAAGAAUAAGGGAAAUUCCAGGUUUUUCCUUCCAUUCGUGCAGUCGGGAAAGAUGGAGUUUGAGAAUGACAUUUCUGUGACGUUCAACUCUCAAGUGCAGCAGGCCAGCUGGACCGGAAUGGCAAGAGUCAACCAAAACAAAUACUCCCAUUUCUUUAAAACGGAUCACGGUGAAACGGAAAUUCACCUCUUGUGUCAGAUUCACGGAGAAGCAAAUCUUGACAUCUUGAGGCAACCAAUCACCAUUCCUGAAAUCGCGGUGCCAUUUUAUGGCACGAGGACACCGAAACUACAGGACUUCUCACUGUGGGAAGACGCUGGCCUGGGGACUCUCCUGACGACAACUCAACAGACUUUUGACGUGAGCUCCAAGAUGAAAUACACAAAGAACCCGGAGAUGUUCACCAUCGACCUGAAUGCCGAUCUGGUCAUCGAUAUUCUGGUUUCAUCCUAUGCCACAGCACAGGCAGAGUUUGAGAAAUAUUACACCGAAUGGCCUAAAACACUGACGAUUCCUGAAUACACGGUCCCAGUGAUCAAUAUUAGGAUGUCAACAUUCACCAUCCCCCUCCCAGACACCAGUCUUGUUACAAUGCCAGCUCUGACGCUUCCCAAAAUCACUCUGACGAAAAUUCAGAGCAUCAAGAUUCCAAAAAUGGGCGAUCUGAUCCACGAGUUCUCCAUGAAAGCACCGAUGAUCACUCUCAAAAGCAACACCAGCGUUCUCAAUAAGAACAGCUUCCUGGUCAAACUCGAUGCGUCCUCGUCUUCGGAGUGGGAGGUUCUGGCAGGGAAAAUCGAGGGCACUGCCAAUGUCAACUUAGUUGGGGGAUUCAAGAUGGCCUCGGUCCUGGUUGUAAAACAUGCGGUGUUGGAAGGAAGCCAUGACAGCGCCAUCCUCUUAAGUUAUGAAAAUAUCGACGCCUCCAUCAGCAAUUCCCUCAAGGUCAAUCUUCCUUACGAAACCGUGGAAGUCCGCCAGGAGAUGACCGGAAACAGUCUCGUUUUCUCUCUGUCUACCCCAUCUGCCGGUCACAUCGGAGUUCAGGUGCAAACUGAGCACCCGGCACAAGCAAGAGCGAGACUCUAUAGUCGCUACCCUACUAAACCACAAACGGACAUUGAUAUCCUGGCCCUGAAGAUGUCUGUGACGAAUUCUGAGAAGCUGAAUCUUCAGACUUCCUGGAACACGGAGAUGCCAUACGAGAUGAUGCUGGGACUGAAGAAGAACGUACCUGCGGCCGCUGAAACGGUCAUUACUCCUGCUGCCGCGACCUACGAUCAAAUCAACAGAUACGCAAGACGCCUCGAGGGGACUCUGGAGCGGGUAAGGAAGCAAGGUACAGAAUAUUUGAAUAAGGCUGUCGACAAUCCCGCCGAGGUGAUGACAUCUGCUAAAGAUCAGACCAAUCGUAUCAUUCGAAGAUCCCAACAAAAAGUGGAGACUUUUCUCGAGGCUGCGGUUGUAUUCCUGCGAGAAACCAAGUUCCGAAUCCCAGGGUAUCCGCAAAGACUGUCGGGCCUCGAGAUCUAUCAGAAAUGGAGUACCGUUAUUAUUGACGCUUAUGAGGAGGCGAAUCGGAAAGUCUCAAAGUUCGUCUUUUCCGCCUCGAUAGUAGCAACCGAAUCUUUUGAAGCCAUUCCCGUCUCCGGAAGACACAUUCUGAAGGACUUUUUUGGAGCUUUAAGGAAAGUCUGCGACCAAGUGAUUGCCACGAUGAGAAAAGUGGGAGGGGACGCCGUUGAAGAUAUUCUCUGGGAUCUUUCUCAAUUAAAUCAAAUGCUGCUCCCUAUUCUAAGAUCGCAAGAUGUAACGGAGGUCCCCGCUUUCUUGAUCGACAUGUACCAGGAAGCCCUCGACUCCCGUACCUUUACGAGUGUCGUUCAGCGGAUCGAAACCACCCAUCGCAUAAUCAGCGGCUAUCUUCAAACCGCGGCGACAAAACUUCAGAACAUUCUGGAUGACAUUCCCGCCGAACAGCUUCGAGCGGACAUCGAGUCCUCAAUUGACGUGACGCUGAGACAUCUGAAUGCCUUCCGCAGCAACGUCAUUCAAAUCCUAAAGGAGAAUAGUCAAAUUUUUGAAAAAUUCAUCAGAGUUGGUGACAGCGAGGUGGAGUUGGAUAUCCCUUUUCCCUUCGUUCCCCGGUUUAACUAAACUUCAAUGGCGAACUACACCGUAGCGCCAGGUUGUUUUGUUUUUUGUCACGGAAGGAUCACUUCCAAGAAGGAAAUACAAAACUGUACACUAAAUGUCGCCUGUAUCCAUGAUACUGGUCUAUUCUGUUGUCGUUAUUAUUAGACUAGACUGCCUUUUGUUUAUUUUCACGCCUUUGUGUAUUGUGCGUCAUUUGUAUGUUGUGCUGUUCUAUUUAAAACCUGUUUCCUGAAUUAAAAACCGUUUUUAACUGCAAACUCCAUCUACCCUCCAUAUGCUUUCAGACGGUGUCACUUUGUCUUUUAACAAAUAUACUUUGUUAACACAAUUGUAAUAAUCUACAGAGAAUGUUUAAAAAAAAAAAAAAAAGACUAUUUGGAAGAAACUUUCCAACGCAUUUCUGCCGUACACCUAUUAGUCAUUUGUAUCGUCAGGUCUAAAUAUAGUGGGACUCCGUAUGAGUGACGCAUGCUCUCGAAUCGCUUAACAAUGGGAAAGAAUACUGUACAGUCAUUUUUUAAUAGUUCCUGGUAAAAAUAAGAGGGAGGAAGACAAAAACAUGGCAACCACAUUUUAUUUAUUGCUUCAGAAAAACGUCAGCGCGUUUGGUUACCAAAAGAAAAAAAAAAACCUCCAAAUCCCCUGAUUAAAAAUGAGCUAAUGCAAUGUAUUACAUAAA